UGGAAAAACUGGCUCAGGACUGGGAAGGCUGGCGUUUCCUUGAUAACUGUUUAAUACGAGUUUCUAACUAAAGAGACUAGUUCGUGACACCAGGGGGUUUGAAGAGUUUAGGGACUCGCUUUGCUGGAGCGUUAUGAACUCUUUUGUUCUGGGUGAGAUGUCGUUCCCGGUGCAAGCCCCGCCCACGCCCCCUGUCAUGGCAGUGGCCUGGACCUCCAGCGCGAACACGUGUCCCCCGGAGUUCAGACUGAUCACCACGACGCACGAGGGGUCGGCGGCCCACUUCGCCAAGGGGUUCGGGCUGAAGUCGGGGUACUACCUGUGCUUCAGCACGAGCAUGACUGCAAGUAUGGUGGUGCAGGACAUUCGGAUUGUCUUGGACAAGGAGACCAUCCCUCAUGGGUACUGCUACAUCCCAGAGUACCUGGAUAACAAAGUGUCAGUGCUGAAGAAGAAGCGACUGUGUGUCAAGACUGUGCCGUGGGGCAGCACAGACACGGCUGUCCUGGACAUCAAGCUGACGAGCAAGAGCAGAGUAAUUCUGCCACACUACACCUGCCUGGGGUACGAGUCACGGGCACCCCACUCCUCCCUCUCUCUGUGCACAUCAGUGUAG